GCCAACGUUCCAAGUAACACACACCUCAAGAUGAAACUGCUCGCCGCCGUUGUCCUCGCCAUCCUGGCUGUUGCCCAUGCCGAUGUCUCCCAUCUGUCGGGCUACAACUACGCUCCCGUGAGCAUCCCAGCUCCGGCCCCAGCCCCAAUUAAGAUUGCACCCGCACCCGCACCAGCACCAGCACCAGUGCCCGUGAGCAGCUACCUGCCACCCCAACAGGCGCCAGCACCCAUCCAGAUUGAGGUGCCCGCUCCCGCACCCGCACCCGCACCAGUGGCUCCCGUGAAGGUUGCCCCUGCACCAGUCAACCAGUACAUUCCACCCGCAGCACCAGCACCAGCACCAGCACCCAUCCAGAUCCAGGUUUCCGCCCCAGCACCAGCGCCAGCACCAGUCCAGGUGUCCGCGCCCGCACCCGUCAACCAGUACAUUCCCCCCGCACCCGUCAAGGCUGCCCCCGCUCCCAUUCUGGCUCCCCAGCCCGUCCUCGAGGAGAUCGAGCCCGUGUCCGCUGAUGGCUACCGCUACAAGACCAUCCGCCGCCGCGUCGUCCGUCGUCGUUACUAGAGUGGAGCUUCCACCACCAAUCCUGCUCCUAAUGCCACCAGGAGCGCAGGAAUCUUACGAAUAAAACAAAACGAAUUUACGAUACACGAAAA